UCUCUCUCUCCUUUUAUAAGCGCCCUCUUAUUGUUGUUUCCACCCACUCUCGAUUGCCAUCCAACUCCCCCCUAAACCCCCAUCCUCUUCCCUCUUCCUCUCUUCGUAGAGGCGACGAGGAAACCCCAAAAGGAGAACCCUUAAUUCCUCUCCCACCUACGUUCCGUGCGAGGGAUCGCGCUUGGCUCCGCCGCCGCCGCCGCCGCCAUGUCGUCGCCGCAGACUCCGGCGGCGGUGGCGGCGCCGCCCAAGAUCUGCUUUAACACCCUCUGCAAGGAGAAAUUGGAGGCGACGUGGAGGAAGGGGUGGCGCCUCCGCUCCGGGAGCUACGCCGACCUCUGUGCACGUUGCUUUUGCACGUAUGAGCAAGGCAUGUUCUGCGAGACGUUUCAUUCGGAUGUUGCUGGUUGGAGAAACUGCGAGACAUGUGGGAAGAGGGUGCAUUGUGGGUGUAUAGUCUCGUUUCAUACUUACGCACUUCUUGAUACUGGUGGUGUUGACUGCAUAACAUGCGCCAGGAAAUCCUUCGUGCUGACACCAAACCAGAUGCUUCACGUAAAAAAUUGGAAACCGCCAACUGGCCCAUUUCCUGGCCAUUGGAUGUGGAAUGCAUCUAGCAAAUUGCAACAGCGGUUGCAAUAUGAGUUUGACAGACCUAGCAAUAUUGAGAAAUCUAUUCCUGGAAUCCGAUCUUCUAUUUCUGCACAAGAGAAGAAAUACGAAGAUCUUCAGGAGAGAAUAACAUCUAGCACCCAAAAUAACCAAAUUAUACGAGAAAGAUAUGCUAAUGGGGAUCCUUCUUUCUCAUGCAAUAUAUAUCAUAGAGAUGAUGGGAAUCCGACUGCAGGGGAAAAUGAUCCUACAUCUAAAGGAUUGAUUUCUGACCCUUGCUUGGGCUCUUCGUCUGGAGUUAACCCCGAAAAACACCCAAAUUUUCUAAAAGAGGAUUCUUCGCCCGUGCUGCUUGGCUUGGCUGCGCAGUUCUCAUCGCCUUCUAAUGGAGGGAAGGACGCACCCAGGGCUGUGCCAGCUCAGCCACAAAGGCAAGUAGCUGCUGCUUCUUCACAGAAGCAGUUUUACUCUCACAAUGCAGUUGAUGUCGAAACUCAAGGCCAGAUCCGGAAUGGAAGGCCUCGGAUGGAUGCAAGGGCGCGUACUCAACUACUUCCUCGAUAUUGGCCUAGAAUUACAGAUCAGGAACUACAACAAAUAACUGGAGAUUCUAGUUCAAAUUCCGUCAUCACUCCAUUGUUUGAAAAGAUGCUAAGUGCUAGUGAUGCUGGCCGGAUUGGGCGUCUUGUACUACCAAAGAAAUGUGCUGAGGCAUACUUUCCCGCAAUAAAUCAGCCGGAAGGCCUUCCUUUGAAAGUCCAGGAUGCAAGUGGCAAGGAAUGGGUAUUUCAGUUUCGUUACUGGCCUAACAAUAAUAGCAGAAUGUAUGUCUUGGAAGGUGUUACACCUUGUAUUCAGUCAAUGCAGUUGCAAGCUGGUGAUACAGUAACGUUCAGCCGAAUUGAUCCAGAAGGAAAGCUGGUCAUGGGAUUUAGAAAGGCCUCUAGUAUCUCAGCAGAACAGGACGCUCAAACUGUUAAGUCUGGUCCAGAGGGUGGGAAUGAAAGCACUGGUGUGGACUCAAAUGCAAACAUCCCUCUUCGACCACCUAAAGGCAUUAUAGAAUCAAGAAAUCCUAGUAGUCAUGGAGACCAGGCAACCUUGCCUAAGUUUGACAAAGGAGGAUUUAUACAAAAGGAUGGACCUCUCGGAAAGUCUUCACAUGGCCCUAGUAAAAGGAAAGGAAGCUCACUUGGUUCAAAGAGUAAACGUCUAAGGAUUGAAAAUGAGGACUCGAUGGAGUUGAAAUUGUCAUGGGAAGAGGCUCAAGAACUGCUCCGUCCACCUCCUAACUCUGUUCCUUCUGUUGUUGUCAUUGAAGGCCAUGAAUUUGAGGAAUUCGAGGAAGCACCAGUGCUUGGAAAGAGGACGUAUUUUAUUACAAACCUAGUCGGUGAUAGUCAUCAAUGGGCUCAGUGUGAGGAAUGUUCAAAGUGGAGGAAGCUGCCUGUAGAUGCGCUUCUGCCUUAUAGAUUUCUAUGUUCUGACAACAAAUGGGAACCUGAAAGGUCCUCAUGUUUAUCUGCGCAGGAGUUAAGCCUGGAGCAGCUAGCCGAACUGAUUCCUACUAAAAGUGGACCUUCGAGAAGGCCUAAAGUGAAGGUAGAAGCCGAGAACAUUGAAGUUUCCGACGGGCUCGACACGCUGGCCAACCUGGCCAUUCUGGGGGAGGCAGAAGCGGCUUUUCCGAGCAGCUCAUCUGCCUCGCAGCAGCCGACUACAAAGCAUCCGCGGCACCGACCUGGGUGUACGUGCAUCGUGUGCAUCCAACCCCCAAGUGGGAAGGGCCCAAAGCACAAGCAGACCUGCACCUGCAACGUCUGCUUAACAGUGAAGCGUCGCUUCCGGACCCUCAUGCUCCGGCGUGAGAAGCGCCAGGAGGCAGAGACCGCUCGCAAGCAGCAGAUGCAGAAAGAGCUGCAGCAGCAGCUUCUCCCUCCAGCCACUGGCGUGUUGCUGCCACAGCCCUUAGGGCAUGAUCCUUCAUCAACUGGUAGCAUUAUUAACACCAACGGUAAUGGCAAUGGCGACGGCAACAGCGUCUCCCCUAAGAAAGUUGUUAUGAGUAAUGAAGGUCUUGCCGAUGAGGUCUUGGAGCAUAAGAAGGUGAUGGUGCCGUUAUCCUCUCCUCUUAAGGCCCAGAUUGAUUUGAACAUACAGCCGGAGAGGGAGGAGGAGUCGUCGCCGAAAUCGGAUGCUUUAGGCAUUAUGAAACUUAUACGGGAUCCUGCCGCUUAAGACUGUUCUACGUGGCCUUGAAACAGGAUACUAGGCUUCGGGCACACCUUGAAAUAGGAUACUCAGGCUUCGGGCAUACUAUAGUUUCCUGCUACCAUCCUCCAUGUUUGAGGUUUUAGUCGGAGAAUGGUGGAGAUGGUUGGCCUUACAUGGAUUCUCUUCUUGUUAUUUAACCUCCUGUUGUUAUGUUCAUUUAAUUGGGAAGAUUGCUUAAGGUUUCUGUGAGUCCAGCUUGUGUAAGAGACAGCUAGUAUCAGGCUUUCUGAAUUUCACAUGAUAAUUAUGAUAAUUAAUGGCUGGAUGAUUAUAUGUGGAAACUUGAUGUGUAAUUUUGUAAUAGGCUUAUAUAACAAAUUUGUUUUGAUCAGUAUUUGAA